AUGCCUUUGAUCCUGAAUGACCCAAACACUGCGGUGGCUCCUGAUUUCACCAGAGAAGAAUACCAAGAAGCAAGAACUGAGCUAUCAAAUGAACUCAUUGAUGAUGCGCUGGCAGCAAGAAUUUUGACUAACCUGUGGAGCGUUGCCAACAACAAGGACAAGGUAGCAUGGGCCCAGCAGAGAGAAGAGGAGAUCUUGGUAGCAGACAGAGAGCACCAACAGCUAGAAAAAGAAGUCGUCAUGCGCCUCGCAGAUGAACAAAACGUGGCACGUAGAGAGGAAUGCAAAAAGAACAAGUCAAAGUACGCACCAGUUAGAGACAUUGACGUCCCUUCAGACCCGGUUAUUAUCCCAUUGCAGUACACUACUAGGAAAAUGAAGGCAGGGGAGUAUUGCGAGCUCCAUUAUUUCACCAAUAGAGGGCUUGAAAAAGCAUCACACUCAUUGCUUACUACAGAUGCAGAAGUGCUAGUAAUGCUAACUUCAGUUAACGGGGUCCACACAUGGGUGCCUGUGGGUGCCAUGAAAGAUACAAAAACCCCAGUCACGAAGGACAAAAACCUAACUUGGGAACAAUUUAAUGGGUCAGCACCAAGGAUGGUGUCAUCCAUGUAG